AUGCGUCCAGAUGAACUCGCAGAAAUUAGCUUGGCUGAAUUUGCUGUUCGAUUCGAAUCUGUGUCCAACUCUACGUGGAGUGAGGAGGAUGGAGAUCUGGAGUUAAGAGACGAUGAAGCACCUUCAUCACGGUUUAUUCGAUUGCUUGAUAAUACGCGGAUGCGUAUCAGAAAUAAAUCGGCAGUAUUAAGAACACGGUAUUUCACUUUAAACAGUGAUAAAGAAGCUUACUACUACAGUUUAAUAGUAUGCCACGUGCCAUUCCGCGAAGAAAGUGAGCUUCUGCUUGAAGGAGAAACUGCCGAGGCGUGCUUCAUUAGGCGUCAAAGGGAACUCAGACCGCUACAGCGUAACGUGAGUGUCGAGGAAUUUGCUCACGCGGAACAAGUUAUACAGCAGGCUCUUGUUCAAGCAGUUGCACUUAAUGCUGCCCGCGAUACACACAAUAAUAAUGAUGACCCUCCUCCGGUAAUUUGUGACGGUGAACAAAUCAUGAACGACGAUGACAAUUAUUGUGAAGACGUAUCUGAAACAUCCGCAAUGCCCGACGAUGUUUUCCUUGGAAACAUAAGAGGAUUAAAUGUCCAGCAAAAAGAUCUUUUCCAAAAAGUUUCUGUGGCUGUGGAAAAAGAUUUACAAGGUGAAGAGGAACAAUUGCUAAUGUUCAUCACAGGAGGUGCAGGAAGCGGAAAAUCUUUCGUCCUAAAACUGCUCGUUGAACAUAUCAAACGAUGCUACGCACCUACUGUCGAUAUUUUGCUUAAGGCUAAGUUUGUGGAAGUUGGGUCUUUGACAGGAGUUGCUGCACGUCAAAUAUUAGGCAAGACAUUACAUUCCAUAUUCUGUCUCCCAAUUGAAAAAAGUAACACAAUGAAUUACGCUAAAAUAUCAGGACAGAGGUUAGAGAACGAGAGACGGAAAUGGCGGCACAUUCACUGGCUUAUAAUCGAUGAGAUUUCAAUGGUUUCGUAUGAAAAUUUGCGAAUCAUUCACUUACGCCUUCAGGAGUUUAAGAAUAACAAUAAAUUAUUUGGAGGAGUCCACAUACUGCUUUUUGGAGAUAUCCUGCAACUCCCACCUGUAAAAGGACAUUGGUGUUUUAUCCAACCACCUCGAUUUUCAGCAGAAGUGAACCUAUGGCAACAGUUUUCAUUUUGCGAGCUGACAAUCAAUAUGAGACAACGCAAUGAUUUGGAGUUCAUUGAACUUUUAAAUAGCUUACGAGUUGGCGAUUUAACAACAGCUCAACUUCAAUUAUUAUGUGAGCGGCGACAUGUACCUUUGGCAGGUGAUUUUGCAGACGGGGCUGCUGUCCGCAUUUUCCCUACAGUUAGACAGGUCGACGGUUACAAUGACAAAAUGACCACUGAAAACGCUAAAGUUCAACGCGUCUACACAUUUAAUGCUGUAGAUGAAUCUCGCGAGACGGCAACGUAUGGUAAGAAGCCACCAGAGAACGUUAUCCCUAAGGACGUCAAUAACUGUGGUGGCUUCUUGCCAACCAUAAAAUUAGGCGUCGAAUCACGAGUGAUGCUGAGGCGAAACAUUUCCGUUUCCGAUGGACUAGUAAAUGGGGCAAUGGGAAUUUUAAAAAAAAUUAAAUGGCCCGCCCUGCGCCGUGAUCAGUUGGAAGAAGGAGAAUUACCCGAAGCCGUCUUGAUUAAGUUUGACGAUGCUACUAUUGGGGCUAAAAUCAAAGACAACGAUGGCUGUGUAGCAAUUUCUCCUGCUUCCACGACCUUUCAGGCACUGAGGGGAUAUGGAGAUGUUGAGCGAAGAAUGCUACCAAUAAUUUUAAGUUGGGCAGUAACAGUUCAUAAACUGCAGGGAACAACACUCGAUAAGGCAGUUAUUGAUUUAGGUAAAAAAAAUUUCGCUAAAGGACAGACCUAUGUAGCUCUAAGUCGAGUUAAAACACUAGAAGGCAUCGUUUUAUCGGACUUAGAUGCAAACAAGUUAUUGAAUAGACCCCAUGACGAGAAGGCUCUUAAAGAAAUGUUGAGGUUGCGCAAUUUGCCGUAA